AUAUGAAGUAGAUGAUAUCGACGAUUUGAUUCAACUAAUAGGCAGUGUAGAUGAAUUUACAGCUGCUGCAAUUAAUGCCACAAAAAGAUCAACAGAAAAUGUGUAUAUACGAGAAACAGUUAAAGCUGUUGAAAAAGUUGGACGUUUCAAUCAUAAGAAUCAACCAGAUCAACAUGUUUCAAAUACAGGUAUUGAUCGACAAAUUGUACCGUUCAUUCCUGCAACGUCUAAUCUAAUUAAACUUAAUUCAAAAUGGCAAGAUCAGCUGAAGAUUGAAAAAGAACGAAUUAGACGCAGUUUGAUUUCCGGUAAAGAUAACAAUGAUGAUGAUAUAUUGAAUUUCGAUGAUGUGACCAACGCCGUUAUAACCGUAAUCAAUCCAUAUAACAAUCAAACUAAUUUUCAAAAAAAUACAUCAAUUCCUCCAGUACUUGUAGUUAAAAACAAUUACUCAACUCAAAGUAGAAUCAUUGAUGAAUUUACAUUGAACAAAGAACAAAAAGCUGCGUUCUUGAUAAUAACAAGUCAUCUCGAUGGUGAUAGUCGAUGUCGAACAGGUGACAAUAAUGGUCAACUCAUUAUGUGUGUGCCUGGUUGUGGUGGAACGGGGAAGUCACAAUUGAUUCGUGCUCUUACAAAAUAUUUUCUUGCUGCAAAAAGAAUGCAAAUGAUGCGAAAACUAGCGCCUACUGGAAUCGCAGCUGCUGAAAUUGAUGGUAUGACAAUUCAUUCAUUUUUAGGUGAACAACGUAAUCCACGAAAGCCACGUACCAUCAAACCAGGCGAUUCCAAACUUGAAAACGAAUGGAGACCGGUCGAAUACCUUUUAAUUGAUGAAAUGAGUAUGGUGGGCUUAACUCUAUUAGGAAAACUGAACAGAAUUAUUUGUUCUGCCAAACAUGUCGAUCCUCAAGUUCCAUUUGGUGGUGUGAACGUCAUCUUCUUUGGUGAUUAUUUACAAUAUCGACCAGUCUAUGAUUCACCAUUGCAUACUGAUUUCUCAUCAUCGUCAUCAAAAAAGAAACAAGGAAAAAUCCCAUCUGAAAAAGAAAUACAACAACGUGUAUCACGUUCUUUAAUUCUUCAAAUGAAUUGUGUGGUCAAACUUACACAACAGAUGCGAACAGAAGAUUUACGAUAUCUUCAAUUACUCGAUCGGCUUCGUCAUGGACAAUGCAAUUAUGAUGAUUACGAACUAUUGCAGACACGAGUUGUUGGACAACCAACAAUACAAUCUCUACAUGAUUCGCCAUGGAACAAAGCUCAUUUUCUCGUGUUUCGAAAUGAAGUUCGCACUCAAAUAAAUAACAAGGCUGCCAUUCAUAAUGCAACACAAAUGGGCCAUUCACUGAUGGAAUGUGUUGCUCAAGAUACAUGUAAAGGUAAAGCAAUCGAAGAUCCAAUAUUGCGUAAAAAACUAUUAGAAUUAUCUGAUAGCAAGACAGAGCAUUUACCUGGUCUAUUACCUUUUGUACCAGGCCUUAUCAAUGGUAUUAAUGGAAUAUUUCGACAAUUAGUAUAUCAUGAAGAUUCGGUAACAACAGAAAAUGUAUCAGAAAUGUUUCCGAAUAAUACACAAUAUAUUCGUCGACCGACAUAUGCUUUAAUUGAGAUUGUUAAAUCGAAGAUUGAAUGCAAACUUGAAGAUCUUGAACCAAAACUUAUACCAAUUCCACUUAUAGAACAAACAUUUCAGGUUGACGUGGCUGAUCUUAUUCCAAAAGAUAAGAAACCAAAAUCAAAUCAAAAGACAAUUCUAUCAAUUAAACGAUCUGCAUUACCACUUGUACCUGCUUAUUGUAUUACAACACAUAAAAGUCAAGGUCAAACAUUGAGCAAAGUGGUUAUUGAUUUAAAAUUACCAAAUGAAACUGAUGAUAUUGCAGCAGUUUACGUACCACUAUCUCGUGUAAAACGUUUGGCCGAUUUAGCUAUUCUACGACCAUUUGAUUAUAAAGUUUUGCUGAUGAAACCAUCGAAAUCUCAAGUUACCGAAAUGGAAAGAUCGGAUCAGCUGUUUUUGAAUACACGAUCACGUUUUUCGGAAUGGUUUCAAUGA